CUUUGGUUUAAAUGCGCAACAGAGAUUUGUUUUUUAAUAAUAGAGCAUAUUAUUUACACGGUUAGGAAACAUAGUAAAAAAACUCAAUUUUUAAAACACCUUAGUAAAUAAUAGCGGCGUAAAAACGGGCCUUUACAACAGAAAAAACAAAAGUCCAACAAUUUACGCACGAAAAACGCACAAAAUCAUUUAAAAACACCUACGAUUAUAUUCAAUGCUAACGAUUUAUAAAGAAAUAUUCCAGCAGAUGCGAUAUAUAAUUUUUUUCAUAUUAUUCAGACAAUAAAUAAUUAAGUAAACCACCUCUGCCAUUUAUGAUUCCAUAAAAAGGUCUUUAGGGAUCUGAUAGUUCCGGCAAAAAUAGCAACAUAACGCAGCUUCAACACACACACACACACACACACACACACACACUUUCUCUGCUCUUCUCUUUCUCCUCUCCAAACGUGUGGCUCCACAUCCACUCGUCGACUUCAACCUGUACUUUUUUUUUCUACUUGUAUAUAAAUAUUACCCGAGGAUGAAUUUGUUUUCGAUCAACUGAAAGAAAGCGAUGACGCAUCAGACAGUGAUUGGACACAUCGACUUCAACUCCUCCCUUUGGACUGAAGAGUGUGUGUGAGUGAGUGUGUGUGUGAAAGAGAGAGAGGGAGAGUGAGAGAGAGAGGGAGAGACUGUGUCGUGAGAGUGUGUGUAUGUGUGGGAGAGACUGUUGUAAAACACAGCAGCACCGGGGCGUCCUCGUCAGCAGGGCACACUCCACUCACCACACUCACUCCACUCCACUUUGUGCGCAAUUACGCGUCCUCCUACAUACCUGGCACAGGGAUCUACACAACAACACGAGAGGCGGUUUGUUCUUCAAGCUGCUGCUGAGGCUGAAAUGAACUUUUGAUGUCACAGCACUGAAUAUUUUAACGACUUUUCCUGAGGCAGUUAUGGUGCAGGAGCUGUGAAUGUUGUGACUUGGGGUUUUUUUUUACGCAUGUGCUUCGUGCACACUUUGAGCAGCUAUCUUUAAAAAUAUCCGGGCCGUCAUUGUUUCUUUGUAAAUCGAUUACUUUCUUCUCUAAAAUUGGCUCCCGUACAAACAGCCGCGUUGGAUCCCUCGGCUUACUGCGAGACUCCGGUAUACAACCCGGAUCUCUGCCCUAACAUGAUAGCCGCGCAGGCCAAGUUGGUGUACCACCUCAACAAAUACUACAACGAGAAAUGUCAGUCUCGAAAAGCGGCCAUCGCCAAGACCAUCCGGGAGGUGUGCAAGGUGGUGUCGGACGUCCUGAAGGAGGUGGAGGUGCAGGAGCCGCGCUUUAUUAGCUCCCUCAGUGAGAUGGACAACCGCUUCGAAGGACUGGAGGUCAUCUCACCCACGGAGUUCGAGGUCGUGCUCUACUUGAACCAGAUGGGGGUCUUCAACUUUGUGGAUGACGGCUCCCUGCCCGGCUGCGCCGUGCUAAAGCUUAGUGACGGCCGCAAGAGGAGCAUGUCCCUCUGGGUGGAGUUCAUCACUGCCUCCGGUUACCUCUCGGCGCGCAAAAUCCGCUCCCGGUUCCAGACUCUGGUGGCGCAGGCGGUGGAUAAAUGCAGCUACCGGGAUGUUGUGAAAAUGGUCGCCGACACCAGUGAGGUGAAGUUGCGCAUCAGAGACAGGUACGUGGUGCAGAUCACACCCGCCUUUAAAUGCACCGGGAUCUGGCCGCGGAGCGCUGCACACUGGCCGCUGCCGCACAUCCCUUGGCCGGGGCCGAAUCGCGUGGCCGAGGUGAAGGCGGAGGGUUUCAACCUUUUAUCCAAAGAAUGCUACUCGCUGAACGGCAAGCAGAGCUCGGCAGAGAGUGACGCCUGGGUGCUGCAAUUCGCAGAGGCCGAGAACCGGCUCCUGCUGGGCGGCUGCAGGAAGAAGUGCCUGUCGGUGCUGAAGGCGCUGCGCGACCGACACUUGGAGCUCGCGGGACAGCCUCUUAACAACUACCACAUGAAGACACUGGUCGCCUACGAGUGCGAGAAGCAUCCCCGGGAGUCCGACUGGGACGAGAACUGCCUAGGAGACCGGCUGAACGGUAUUUUGCUACAGCUUAUUUCCUGUUUGCAAUGCAGGAGGUGUCCGCACUAUUUUCUGCCCAAUUUAGACUUGUUCCAGGGGAAACCGUCCUCUGCUCUGGAGAACGCCGCGAAACAGACUUGGCGCCUAGCGAGAGAGAUACUCACCAACCCCAAAAGCCUGGAGAAACUCUGAGGUAAAAACAAAAGGCCCCGGGAAACUACCGUAGAGAGGCCCCCAAAACAAACGACUAAAAUAUCAUAACAUAUACAUAAUUUGGCAACAUUUAAUUCCCGUCCCUCUUACUGGAUAUAUUCUCUCUUUCAGAACAACAAUUUAGCUUCUCAUUUACACGCGCACCUUUUCGAAAGUGUCAACAAUUCUAGCAUUUCUAAACCAGGAGGAUGCUUCUUUCUACCCGUGUCCACACUUCAAUAUUUGUUAAAAACAUUUAAAAAAAACCCACACAACUGUACAUUGUAUACUGUAAAUACAUUCCUUACAUGUGAUUCUUACAGUGGUCUGAUAAUGUGAGUGUUGUUCUUCUGUGACACGUAAAAAGGCUCAACCUGUUUUGUUUUUUUUUAAACUGAAUCUAUUUGAAACAUUUCAGUCCUUACUGUUAAUUUAUUCCUGCAUCCGUGGUUUAGUCUGACUCACCUGUUUUAGUGGACGCUCAUUUCACUUUUUAAAAGUUUACCUUUUUGAUGGCGUAGGCGAAUUAACGCCGCAAUUAAAACAUUGCCAUCAAUUUACUUGAAUUAUUAUUAUUUAAAAUAUUUGCUCGUUUUUUUCCUCUACCAUGUUUCGGCCUACAUGAGAGGGAAAGGAAACGAUGACACAUUAUAUAUUAUAAAUAUAUAAAUAUUACAAUUUCAUUGAAGAAAAUGCACUUGAAAUACACUGGAUUAUAACAUCUGUGAUUUGAGUUUUUUUUAUUCUGUGUUUGACCGUAAUUUAAAGAGCUAAUAAAAUAAGCUGUUUUAUAUCCGUGUGUCCUAAGAUGGUUUCAUGAAAUUGAUUUUUUCGAAACAAAAACUGAAUUAGCAUUUUUUAUCCUCAUUACGAAACUUACCGAACUAUUUAAGGAUUUAUUUUAAUUGAUACAAAUUAAUGCGUAAUACUAUUUAAAUUUAGCACGAUUAGUCAGACGACCGUGGUGACGUGACCUUUUUAUCCAGAUAAUCCCUGGGGUCAGUUUUUAUUACAAGGAAAAUAAACUGCUUAAAAAAAAA